AGAUAUGGAGUCACGACCCCAAGUUAAUCAUAAUACAAAAACCGUUCCCUCGGGGAACGAUCAAAGUCAUGUGAUUUUAACAGAGUCACCUUCCUUGCAAACUGAAGUGUCUGAAUUAGAACAGGACGAUGAAAUUGAUAAAAACCAAAUCGUUGAACAAG